GCUUUAACCACAUGAAUACACCUUUCUGAUUUUCAUAUUUUAAAGGUUCAGUAUUUUCAUUUUAUGGAAGAAGUCGGCGGGAAAAACAGCUGGUUGUAUUCGCUCGCAGCUAUUUGAGCCACAGUCCAGGGAAGGGUGGCUCCCCGCCCGGACACCAGGUGAUUGGGCCCCGCUGAUAUGUGGAUGUGGAUGAGUGUCUCCUGCUGGAGGUUAUUCGGUCGUGUAUGUGUGCGUACGUGCCGUCGCCACUCUGCUUAGUGCUUGCUCCCGAGGGUCGUGCUGCUUCUGGCGUGUCUGGAGGAGGAUGUUUGCAGGGAACAAGGUCUCGUCUGUGGUAAAUGUAACGCAAAGUGUCUGUUUCUGGAUAUGACGCGGAAACAUCAUCAUCAUGGCGACAGCAGCUCCGGCCACAUCGGCUCUGUUUGAAACCGCGACAAUCCAGCUCUCUGCCACAGCUGAGCCCUUUGCUACCCUCUGAAGAAGCAGGAUGACAAAAUGGCACAGCUGCUUGUACCGCCCGGACCUGACAGCUUCCACCCCUUCGUCCCCGAGUCUCUGGCCGCCAUCGAAAGGUGCAUCGCCGAGGAGGAGGCCCGGAGACCACGGUCGGAGCGUCGCAGCGACAGCGAUGAUGAAAAUGGGCCGAAGCCCAACAGUGACCUUGAGGCGGGGAAAUCUCUGCCCUUCAUUUAUGGGGACAUCCCUCCCAAACUGGUGUCCACCCCUCUGGAGGACUUGGACACCUUCUACAGCAGUCAGAAGACCUUCAUAGUAUUGAAUCGCGGGAAGACAAUCUUCCGUUUCAAUGCCACCCCUGCCUUGUACAUCUUAAACCCCUUCAACCCCCUAAGAAGAAUAGCUAUCAGAGUUUUAGUACACUCGAUGUUCAGCAUGUUGAUCAUGUUCACCAUCCUGACCAACUGUGCUUUCAUGACCCUAAGUAAUCCCCCAGAAUGGGCCAAGAAUGUAGAAUACACAUUCACAGGGAUCUAUACCUUCGAGUCCCUUAUAAAAAUCCUGGCAAGGGGCUUCUGUGUGGGGAAGUUCACUUUCCUCCGGGACCCAUGGAACUGGCUGGAUUUCAGUGUUAUCCUCAUGGCAUAUGUCACAGAGUUUGUGGACCUGGGCAAUGUCUCAGCACUACGAACCUUCAGGGUUCUACGAGCCCUGAAAACUAUUUCAGUCAUCCCAGGCUUGAAGACUAUUGUCGGUGCCCUGAUCCAGUCGGUAAAGAAGCUGUCGGACGUGAUGAUCCUCACUGUGUUCUGCCUCAGCGUCUUUGCCCUCAUUGGCCUGCAGCUCUUCAUGGGCAACCUGAGGCAGAAGUGCGUGCGCAUGCCCAUUGCCAGUGCCAAUGCCACCAACGGCAGCAACAUCACCGGCGAUGACGCCAUGUUUUUCAGCAACACCUCGAUCGAUAUCAACACCACGUUUGUGCAGAACCGCGCGGAGAACCCCUUCAACUGGACAGAGUACUACAGCGAUGAGAAUAAUUACUAUUACCUCCCUGGCCGUAGAGAUGCUCUGAUCUGUGGGAAUGGCAGUGGCGCUGGGUUCUGUCCAGAAGGCUUUAUAUGUUUGAAAGCUGGUCGCAAUCCAGAUUAUGGCUACACAAGCUUUGACACCUUCAGCUGGGCCUUCCUCUCUCUGUUCCGACUCAUGACCCAGGACUACUGGGAAAAUCUCUACCAGCAGACUUUGCGUGCUGCUGGGAAACCUUACAUGAUCUUCUUCGUGCUGGUGAUCUUCCUGGGCUCCUUUUACUUGGUCAACCUGAUCUUGGCUGUGGUGGCCAUGGCUUAUGACGAGCAGAACCAGGCGACCAUCGAGGAGGCUCAGCAGAAGGAGGAGGAGUUUCAGGCCAUGCUGGAGCAGCUGAAGAGGCAGCAGGAGGAGGCACAGGUUGCCGCAGCAGCAGCCACGGAGAGCGGAGAGUACAGCGGGAGAGGGGGCCCCACCGCCGAGUCCUCCUCAGGGACUUCUAAGCUGAGCUCAAAAAGUGCCAAGGAGCGACGCAACAGGCGGAAGAAGAGGAAGCAGCGGGAGGAGGAAGAAGAGAGGGAAGGGCGGAAGUUCCACAAGUCUGAGUCUGAGGACAGCAUCAAAAGAUCCAGCUUCCGCUUCUCUAUUGAUGCCAAUCGGCUCUCUUAUGAGAAGAGAUGUUCCUCCCCCAACCAGUCUCUCCUCAGUAUUCGUGGAUCCCUGCUUUCACCUCGGAGGAACAGCCGAGCGAGCCUGUUCAGCUUCCGCGGCCGGGCACGCGACAUGGGCUCCGAGAACGACUUCGCCGACGAUGAGCACAGCACCUUCGAGGAGAAUGACAGUCGCAGAGGCUCUCUGUUCCUGCCACGGCGCCUGGAGCGCCGCUGCAGCGCCGUCAGUCAGACGAGCCUUGGGGCGCCGCGGGUUAUGUUGCCUGCCAAUGGCAAAAUGCACUGCGCUGUAGACUGCAACGGUGUUGUGUCACUGGUCGGUGGAACGUCUGUAACAACCUCCCCUGUAGGUCUCCUGCUGCCUGAGGGUACAACUACAGAUACAGAGCUGAAAAAACGUCGGAAAGGCUUUCGCAAGCCGUCCAUGGACUAUCUUGAAGAGCCCGGACCCCGACAGAGAGCCAUGAGUGUGGCCAGUAUCCUCACCAACACGAUGGAAGAGCUGGAAGAGUCAAGACAGAAGUGCCCCCCCUGCUGGUAUAGAUUUGCCAACACCUGUCUGAUCUGGGAUUGUUGUCCAGCGUGGCUGAAAAUCAAGGAUGUCGUUAACAUGGUGGUGAUGGACCCGUUUGUGGAUCUGGCGAUCACAAUUUGCAUCGUCCUUAACACCCUCUUCAUGGCCUUGGAGCAUUACCCCAUGACCGAUGAGUUUGACACUGUCCUCUCAGUUGGAAACCUGGUGUUUACAGGCAUCUUCACAGCAGAGAUGUGUUUCAAGAUCAUCGCCUUGGAUCCCUACUACUACUUCCAGGAGGGCUGGAACAUCUUUGACGGCAUCAUAGUUAGUCUCAGUCUAAUGGAACUUGGCUUGGCCAACGUCGAGGGCCUGUCUGUGCUUAGGUCCUUUAGAUUGCUUCGAGUGUUCAAACUGGCCAAGUCAUGGCCUACUUUAAACAUGCUGAUCAAGAUCAUUGGUAACUCUGUGGGUGCUCUGGGGAACCUCACUCUGGUGCUGGCCAUCAUUGUCUUCAUCUUUGCUGUGGUGGGCAUGCAGCUGUUUGGCAAGAGCUACAAGGAGUGUGUGUGUAAGAUCUCUGAGGACUGCGAGCUGCCACGCUGGCACAUGCACGAUUUCUUCCACUCCUUCCUCAUCGUGUUCCGGGUGCUGUGUGGGGAGUGGAUCGAGACCAUGUGGGACUGCAUGGAGGUGGCGGGACAGAGCAUGUGCCUAAUAGUCUUCAUGAUGGUCAUGGUCAUCGGAAACCUUGUGGUACUUAACCUCUUCCUGGCUCUCCUCCUGAGCUCGUUCAGUGCUGACAACCUGGCAGCAACUGACGACGACAGCGAGAUGAACAACCUGCAGAUUGCAGUGGGACGCAUCCAGCGGGGUAUCGCCUUCAUCAAGUCCACAGUGCGCCAGUUCCUGCGCAGCCACUGCUUUGGCGGGGCAAGUAAGGCAACCGGCCUGGCAGAGGAGAGCAAACCCUUGGAUGAGUUACACAGCAACGGCAAGGGCAACUGCAUCUCCAAUCACACUACAGUGGAGAUCACCAAAGAACCAAGUCGGGUGUACAUAACAGAGGGCAAUGGUCGGCCAGGAGGGGGGCUGGUGGUAGGAGUCAGAGCUGGUGGGGACACUACGGUGAAAUAUCCCAUAGAGGAAUGUGACUACAUGUCAUUCAUUCAUAACCCCAGCCUGACAGUCACAGUGCCUAUUGCUGUGGGCGAGUCCGACUUUGAGAACCUCAACACGGAGGACUUCAGCAGCGAUUCGUCAGACGUGGAGGGCAGCAAAGAGAAGCUCCACGUAGAGCCCAAGCAUCUGAGCUCGUCGGAGGGCAGCACAGUCGACAUUCGCCCCCCAGGAGACGGGGUCGACUCGGUGGAGCUGGAGCCAGAAGAGUCUCUGGACCCGGAGGCCUGCUUCACAGAGGGCUGUGUGCGCAGGUUCCAGUGUUGCCAGAUCAACGAGGAGGCCAGCCAUUAUAAACGCUGGUGGACACUCAGGAAGACCUGCUUUAUCAUAGUGGAGCACAACUGGUUUGAGUCCUUCAUCAUAUUCAUGAUCCUGCUCAGCAGUGGAGCGCUGGCGUUUGAGGACAUUUACAUUGAGCAGCGGAGAACCAUCAAAACCAUGCUGGAGUAUGCAGAUAAGGUCUUUACCUACAUCUUCAUUCUGGAGAUGCUGCUCAAGUGGGUGGCGUACGGCUUUGUCAAGUACUUUACCAACGCCUGGUGCUGGCUCGACUUCCUCAUCGUGGACGUUUCCCUGGUCAGCCUGGUAGCCAAUGCUCUGGGCUACUCUGAGCUUAGCGCUAUCAAAUCUCUGAGGACACUCCGAGCCCUCCGGCCCCUGAGGGCCCUGUCUCGGUUUGAGGGCAUGAGGGUUGUAGUGAACGCGCUGCUGGGGGCCAUUCCCUCCAUCAUGAACGUGCUGCUGGUCUGCCUCAUCUUCUGGCUCAUCUUCAGCAUCAUGGGCGUCAACUUGUUUGCGGGGAAGUACUACUACUGCGUCAACACCACCAACGACGAGGUCUUCCCCAUCAGCAUCGUCAACAACAAGACCGACUGCCUGAACUUGGUGAACGACAGCGCCCGCUGGAAGAAUGUCAAAAUCAACUUUGACAACGUCGGGGCCGGCUAUCUGGCUCUGUUACAAGUGGCAACAUUUAAAGGUUGGAUGGACAUAAUGUACGCGGCUGUGGACUCUCGACAAUUGGAAUCGCAGCCCAAAUAUGAAGAGAACUUGUACAUGUACCUCUACUUUGUCAUCUUCAUCAUCUUUGGCUCCUUCUUCACCCUCAACCUGUUCAUUGGUGUCAUCAUCGACAACUUCAACCAGCAGAAGAAAAAGUUUGGAGGUCAGGACAUCUUCAUGACAGAAGAGCAGAAGAAAUACUACAAUGCCAUGAAGAAGUUGGGUUCCAAGAAACCACAGAAGCCCAUUCCUCGGCCCACAAAUGCGUUUCAAGGCUGCGUGUUUGACUGCAUCACAAAGCAGGCCUUUGACAUUGUGAUCAUGAUCCUCAUCUGCCUUAACAUGGUGACCAUGAUGGUGGAGACGGACGAUCAGACCAACGAGAUGGACGAUAUCCUCUUCUGGAUUAACCUGGUCUUCAUCGUGCUUUUCACUGGAGAGUGUAUGCUGAAGAUGAUCUCCCUGCGUCAUUAUUACUUCACCAUUGGCUGGAAUAUAUUUGACUUUGUGGUGGUGAUUCUGUCCAUUGUAGGUAUGUUUUUAUCUGAUGUUAUUGAGAGAUACUUUGUGUCCCCAACACUGUUCCGAGUGAUCCGUCUGGCCAGAAUUGGCCGAAUCCUCCGUCUCAUCAAAGGUGCCAAAGGAAUCCGGACACUUCUCUUUGCCUUGAUGAUGUCACUCCCCGCCCUCUUCAACAUUGGCCUCCUCCUCUUCCUGGUCAUGUUCAUCUAUGCCAUCUUCGGCAUGUCCAACUUUGCCUACAUCAAGCGCGAGGCGGGAAUCGACGACAUGUUCAAUUUUGAGACCUUUGGGAACAGUAUGCUCUGUUUGUUUCAGAUUACCACCUCAGGUGGGUGGGACGGUCUGUUGGCGCCCAUUCUGAACAAGUGGGAGCCUGACUGUGACAGCCAGAUGGAGCAUCCGGGCAACUCCUACAAAGGCAACUGUGGCAACCCCUCAGUGGGCAUUUUCUUCUUUGUCAGCUAUAUCAUCAUCUGCUUCCUCAUCGUGGUCAACAUGUACAUCGCCGUCAUCCUGGAGAACUUCAGUGUGGCGACAGAGGAGAGCGCCGAGCCCCUGAGUGAGGACGACUUUGAGAUGUUCUAUGAAGUGUGGGAACGAUUCGAUCCAGACGCAACGCAGUUCAUGGAGUACAGUAAGCUCUCCGACUUUGCAGAUGCCCUCGAUCCGCCAUUGCGCAUGCCCAAGCCUAAUAUGAUCCACCUCAUCUCCAUGGACUUGCCGAUGGUGAGUGGCGAGCGCAUCCACUGCCUCGACAUCCUGUUUGCCUUCACCAAGCGAGUGUUGGGCGAAGGCGGCGAGAUGGACAUGUUGCGCGGACAGAUGGAGGAGCGCUUCAUGGCCUCCAACCCCUCGAAGGUGUCUUACGAGCCCAUCACCACCACCCUCCGCCGCAAACAAGAGGACAUGUCGGCCGUAAUCAUUCAGAGAGCCUACCGACGCUACAUGAUCCGUCAGGCCAUGAAGAAGUCCUCCACGCUCUACAAGGAGAAGAUGAAGGAGGGCAUCCGUGACCCGGACAAGGACGUGAUGGUCAUCAGCAAGUUCCACGAGAACUCCACCUCGGAAAAAACGGACAUGACGCCGUCCACCGCCUCCCCACCCUCCUACAACAGUGUGACGAAAUCAGACAAGGACAAAUAUGAGAAAGAGAACAGGGACAAGGAAAACAAAGGGAAAGACUUGAAAGACAGAAAGAAAUAGACUUUUGAAAAAAGGAACAAAUCAAAAGAUGCAUUAGAGACAUGAGAGAAAUUUGUUUACAGCUUCUAACAUGGGUGGGUGUGGGUGUAGAUACGGUAGAUGUGUGCUUGUGUGUUGAUUGUUCAGCGUUGAGAAAUUCUGUGCCUGGUUGGCCUAACAUUGGAGUGUGGUUAUGUCACUGAUGAAUACACGGGGGGGGGGGGGGGGUCGGAAACAAAUGAUCCAGCAGACACUGCCAGAGACUGAGUGGAACAGGGAAAAAGCCUCUCUGCAAAACGCUUGUGAUUCUCCUAUUGGUUGUUGUUAGUAUCUGACACACUUGAGUGUACUGUUAAGUUGUCUGUAGCUAGUGCUGCUGCUACUACUAUAAAUCCAGUGUCUUGAACUCAAAAAUCGAUGUAAUCACUUAAAAAAACUGCAUUUCUUUUCCUGUUCCGUUUCUUUCUUCUUCUUUUUUUUCAAUGAGACAGAACGUUUUCUACUUUUUUGCGUCAUUAUCGUGAGAAUGUGUCCACAGCUUUCACUGUAUUACUGUAUAUCACCAAGGGCAAAGUCAGUGCUGGAAAACCACCGCAACCAUCAAAAAAGUGGUGGCGUGCACGGUCAGUACCAGAAUGCUCUGAGGUCUUUUAGCCUGCAGUACUGUGCAGGAAACAACAAGCAUCCCACUGAUUUACAAUGGACACAUCCAUUGUAUUUGUUGACGUGCCAUCAGUGAUUGUUCACAUGUGUAUUGUACUUCUAUCUGGACUGCCCGCUCCCUAUUUCUAUCUCCACGAAACUCCACGUCUCCAGAUCCAGAGAAGUUGAAUGUAUGCCAGCUGAAGGAAUCGGAUACAUUUAAAGGAAGUGUUUGAUUUUUAAAGGAAUACAUUUUUUUUUGUUUGUUGUUGCUUUCUUGCAGAGAACGAGAUGAUUAGAUGUAUAUCAGUCUCACGUCUGUACGUUAAAUGUGAAGCUAAAUUCAGAGGACAUGAGCACAGCUGAGAGGUUCCAGGGAAACAGCCAGUAUGUAUAACUCCGUCACUAAACUAAUUAAUAUAUAUUAUAUUUUUGUUUGAUUAACCCAAACUAAGAUGCUUGGAGGUUACAGUGGUCUAAUCCAGUAUUUCCUUGCUAGUUGUUACCAAUAUAAACUCUUUUAUAUUGUUAAUUUUAUUGAAGAUGACAAAUCCUUGCAACCCAAACAGUAUAUAUAACGAAGAUUUAUAUAUAACAUUGAAUCUUGAGUUUAGCACUUUGCAUAUACCCUUUUUUGUCCGUAAUAAUCUUUCCAUUAUGUCUUCACAAUUCACAAAAAUGCUGAAAUGUUGAAAAUCAAUCUAGCAGAUUUCAGGAAAGUUAGAAAAAUAAAGCCCAGCUUUCUUGAUUUCGUUAAACAAAUGAGAUUUUUAAGCUUUAAAAGUAUCUGUUAAACAUAUUUAUUUUAAAUGUUGGCAUGAACCAGCCAGGCGUUGUCUCGGGCUCAUGUGAAUGUCUUCUGGUUGCAGCUCCAUGGUUAUCGAACAUACAAACAUGAGAUUGGUUAAAUCUUCUCCUCCACAAAAGCAAUCUGUUUAAGGUGAUCGUUCACUUCUUUUGAAGUGUGGUUGUGUGAAGUGUUGUGACACACUGACUUAUCAACACUCACCAAACUCCCUACAGAAAAGCUGUGAUUUUUAAAAUCAAACAGAUCCACUGCUGUCUCCAUCAGUACGUAUCAGUGUGUGUUAUUUUGUGAUUUCGGUGUUUGAAAUCCGAUUUAAAUGACACAAACUUGCCAAACGAGGGAAGCAGUCGAGCAGUCGCUCCUGUGUCCCUGGGAGCUGAAAAACCACAGAUUUUCUCGAAGGACUUUGGUGCAGAAGAGUGAGCAGUCUGUGAUUGAGCGAUUGAGUGUCAAGGGCAGUGUUGAUAAUGAGUCAAUACCUCGUACGUCCACACUUCAGAAACUCUGAACUAUCCCUUUAAGAUGACACGUACAUGUGACCAUGUCGUCCGCUGUCUUGUUGCAGUGUCUUUUCUAAGCGGUCCAUUGUCCUCCCUGUUGUCCUCCACCCCGCCUCCUCCUCUUCCUCCUCCUCCCAGAGCUCGUGUAGAGAAAAUAUCUUAAGUAAUAAAGUGUACUAUAAGGAAAACGUCAA